UCUUUUUGGUUUUAGCUAAUAUUACCUUGUCUACCAGCUUGGUGGUGGGUAUCUUUUUGGGUUGCCCAUUGGCUUUAUUGCUGACUCAAUUGGAGCAACACUUGGUGCAACUGCUGCAUUUCUACUUGGAAGAACGAUAGGAAGGCCAUAUGUGAUUUCCAAGUUGAAGAAUUAUCCCAAAUUUCAAGCAGUUGCUAUUGCAAUUCAGAGAUCUGGAUUCAAGAUUGUAUUGCUAUUAAGGCUUGUUCCUUUACUUCCAUUCAACAUGCUAAACUACCUUCUAUCAGUUACUCCUGUUAGUAUUGGUGCAUAUAUGAUGGCUUCUUGGAUUGGGAUGAUGCCAAUAACUUUUGCUCUGGUAUAUGUCGGAACAACCUUGAAAGAUCUUUCUGAUGUGACACAUAGAUGGAGUGAGGUUUCAACUACACGUUGGGUACUUAUUAUUUGUGGAUUUUUAGUUUCAGCUAUUUUGUUGGUGUGCGUUACAAGAGUAGCAAAAGCAUCAUUAGACAAAGCUCUGGCCGAGAACACGGAAGUGGAGAACCUCCUAGUGACAACUUCUUUACCAGUUGUGUCUGCUGCAUCCUCUGACCUUCGUCAACCUCUUGUGAUCCAGAUUGACCCUUCAAGCGACAAGCACGAAAAUUAAACUUUUUUUUGCCUUUUCCCUGUAAAUCCUUUCACCUACCAAUUUCUUCAUCGACCAGCUUGUGGAACAAUCUGCCUCAUAACAGAAACAACACCUUGGAGAAGCCAGCUUUUGCCUUCUUGCUCAGAAAGCAAAAUUGUAGCCGAACAUCGAUUAUGUAUUGUAACUACUCAUCCUGACUUCUGUACACCUUUUUUUUUUUUUUGUCUUUAAACAUUUAAAAAGCCAUUUUCUA